AUGCGACGCGUAGGGGAAGCCAUGCUCAUCUUAUACUUUGCUUUGCUGCCCCCAUUGGUUCUCAUCCCCCCUGUGCUCAAAAUCAACUGCGUGCAUGUAGGAAACGACUACCUGCGGGACCUUCUAAAAAUGGGAAUAUUUGAAAAAAACAGCACAAAAAUAAAAAAGGAGGUGUUCGAAAACAUAAGCCGUACGCACGAAAUCUACUCGUCCUGCAAAACCUGCAUCAAGCUGAUUCAGUUGAUAGGGAAAAUAAUCCAAAAGAAAAAAGAGCCAUAUGUAGAUAUAGCCAUAGAAGACACACUGGAAACAAACUUGUGUGACUCUAACCUCUGGCACGAACAUUUCAACUACGACGAAUUGUUGUAUAGUGAACACGUCCUCGAGUAUUGCAAGGUCACUUUAAAACUCACUAGGGAUAGCAUAGAGCAGCAUAUCUACCAGUUUUACAGCAAGGAGGAAUUAUUUUACCGGAGAGUCUGCUUACAUAUCAACCCAGUAUGCAAAACUGCCAUCCAGGAGGAGAAAAUUAACCUCAGCACGGAGUCCAAAGUUAAACUGAUCUAUCAGCUAUACUGUGACUACUUAACUGGAGAGGAACACUAUAGCCAAACGAGCCAAGGCGUGCCAUAUAAAAAAAUCGAAUCCGCAGACAGCUCAAAUUUAACCCUGAAGAGAAGCGACUACGCAGUUGUCCAAUCCGAAAUUGGGACAAUGCAACAAAAAAAAUUGACUAACGAUUUUGCAGCCAGGAAAUUGAGACUUCUUCGAAUUAGUGAGCUUGCCGAUGACGUACUGGAGGUUUUCCUGCGGAUGAAGCAGCAAGACGUCUUUAAGUUCCUGUUUUAUUGCCAAUCGUGUGAAGACCCCAUACUGGAAGUAAAAAUUAAAAUACACCGCGUAUCGGACAAUGUGGAUGCCAUCAUUAAGGGAAAUUACCAGCAUGAUUUGAUCAUGAAUGACAGGCAAUUUUUGCUAUACAAACGGCCCACUACAUGA